AAGGAAAACGAAGAACAAAAUUAGACGACUUGGAUUGGACCGACGGCGGUCGUUGGCUUCCCUUGCCCAAAAAUUCCUCCUUUCCAGAUGCCAAUGGGCUCCGCCACUCCGUGACUGUGUGUAAAGUCUUUAAUUCACCAACCCAAUCGACCCCUUUUCUUUUCCCCUGCCUGCUCCUUCCAACUUCCACGCAACCAAAUCAAAUACUACAUUUCCCCUCUUCCCUCUCAUUUCCCCCCUCAAAUUCCCCUUCUUCCCCUCCCUCUUUCAUCUGGGUCCUUUCCCCUCUCUCUAGAUUUCUUCUCCAUCUCGUGUUUUUCAGCCGUGUUUGUCCAAAAAUGGAGGCCAAGUUGGUUUUUACUGCUGCCCCUGCUUGUUCUGCUACUCGUCUGUCCAAACUCUCGAGACCCACUUGCGCUUUCGUCUCCCAUGGUGGGAAGAAUCAGGGAUUUUCGGCCCUGAGUUCCAGUUUGCCUGAUGGGGGCGUCCGUUCUGUUCGAGCCUCUGUGGCAUCCGUUGGACCAUCUCCAAAACCAAGAGUGGACAUAAGUGAGAACUUGACCCUAGAGGCAAUAAGACACUCAUUAAUCUCCCAAGAGGACAGCAUUAUCUUUAGUCUUUUAGAGAGAGCUCAGUACUGUUAUAAUGGAGAUACAUAUGACCCCAAUGCUUUCUCCAUGGAUGGCUUCAAUGGUUCUUUGGUGGAGUACUUGGUCAAGGAAACUGAAAAGCUUCAUGCUCAGGUGGGAAGAUACAAGAGUCCUGAUGAGCAUCCUUUCUUCCCUGAUGACCUACCUACUCCGAUGUUGCCUCCGCUUCAGUAUCCGCAGGUACUGCAUCCCGUGGCGGAUUCCAUUAAUAUAAAUAGCAAAAUAUGGAGCAUGUACUUCAGGGAUCUCAUACCAAGAUUAGUCAAGGAAGGAGAUGACAGCAAUUAUGGAUCAACUGCUGUCUGUGACACCAUUUGCUUGCAGGCACUUUCGAAGAGAAUUCAUUACGGUAAAUAUGUAGCAGAAGCCAAGUUUAGAGAAUCACCGGACGCUUACGAGGCUGCAAUUAGAAAACAAGACAAGGAGAAGUUGAUGAAGUUGCUGACGUACCUGCCCGUCGAGGAGACGGUGAAAAGGAGAGUCGAAAUUAAAGCCGAAACAUUUGGGCAAGAGGUUCCUGUGAACAUAGAGGAAAAACAUGCUGCCCCAGUUUACAAAAUACAACCCAGUUUGGUUGCUGAUCUUUAUGGAGAGUGGAUCAUGCCAUUGACAAAGGAAGUUCAAAUUCAAUACUUGUUGAGAAGAUUGGAUUGAUUUUGGGUCAGUCUCCAUAGUGUCAAUGUUUAAAAUGGUAAAUAUAACGAGGGAAUUAAGAAAGUCCUGUGAUUAUUAGUGAACAAUGCUACAAGUUCACUACUGUUCCACUAGAAUAGAAUCAAGUAUGAAUUUUGUUGAUAGUUAAGUGUUGUAAUCUCUGAUAAGAAACAAUCCCAUUAUUUCCUUUGAAUAUAUACUUCUAUAAUUCUACUCAA